CGGAAGCUGUCCUAGGACAUGCGGAAAGGAAAGAGCGAAUGACCCUGUGCAGGGGGCAAAAUAGAGGUGGGAUGAUACGAGAUCAGUGAUCUGAAGCCUGGUUUCCUCAGCCCUGGACUGUGUGCUCAGGGAAUGGCCUCCAGCAUUCUGUAGACCUGGCGGCCUCUCAGUACUUACGGCCCCAACUUGGGGUUCUGAGUGGCUACUACUGGAAAGCCUUGCAAAAGCGCACAGAGGGCAGGACCAUGGCAUCUAGAGCCUCUGAACAGCCCCCAGGACCAGAACGCAGCGUGACAGCGGGCAUCAUCAUAAUUGGAGAUGAGAUCCUUAAGGGACACACACAAGAUACCAACACUUACUUUCUUUGCCGGACGCUGCGCUCCCUGGGGGUCCAGGUUUGCCGAGUCUCUGUUGUACCUGACGAAGUAGCCACCAUUGCAUCCGAGGUCACCUCAUUCUCCAGGCGUUUCACUCACGUCCUCACCGCGGGGGGCAUUGGCCCCACUCAUGACGAUGUGACCUUUGAGGCAGUGGCACUGGCUUUUGGGGAGGAGCUCAAACCCCACCCUGAACUCCAAGCAGCCAUCAAAACCCUAGGAGGGGAGGGUUGGGAGAAGCUGUCGAUGGUGCCCUCCUCUGCCCGCCUGCAUUAUGGUACAGAUCCUCGAACUGGCCACCCCUUCAGAUUCCCGCUGGUCUCUGUCCGAAACGUCUACCUCUUCCCAGGAAUUCCGGAGCUGCUUCGACGAGCUUUGGAGGGACUGAAAGGACUGUUCCAAAACACAGCUGUACAGUUCCACCUGAAGGAGCUGUAUGUGGCCGCGUCGGAGGGCUCUAUCGCCCCCAUCCUGUCGGAGGCUCAGGCCCACUUUGGGCGCAGGCUUAGCCUUGGUUCCUACCCUGAAUGGAGCAGCAACUACUUUCAGGUGAAGCUGAUUCUAGACUCGGAAGAAAAAGAGCCCUUGGAGGAAUGUCUGGCCUAUCUGACCGCACGCCUGCCCCAGGGAUCACUGGUCCCCUACCUGCCCGAUGCUGUUGAGAAGGCCAGUGAGGCAGUAUACAAACUCGCAGAGUCAGAGUCUUGUCUGGGGAAAAAGGUAGCAGGUGCCCUACAGACCAUUGAGACGGCCCUGGCUCAGUACCAACUCCCCCAGCUCUGUGUGGGCUUCAACGGGGGCAAGGACUGCACCGCCCUCCUGCACCUCUUCCAUGCCGCCGUGCAGAGAAAAUUUCCUGAUGUUCCAAAACCUCUCCAGAUCCUGUACAUUCGCAGCAUCUCACCCUUCCCUGAGUUGGAACAGUUUCUGCAGGACACCAUCAAGAGGUAUAACCUACAGGUCUUAGAAGCUGAGGGUAACAUGAAGCAGGCCCUGGGUGAGCUUCAGGAGAAGCACCCCCAGCUGGAGGCUGUCCUGAUGGGCACCCGGCGGACUGACCCCUACUCCUGCAGCCUCAGCCAGUUCAGCCCCACCGACCCUGACUGGCCUUCGUUCAUGCGCAUCAACCCGCUGCUGGACUGGACCUACAGAAACAUCUGGGAGUUUCUGCGGCAGCUGUUUGUCCCAUACUGCAUCCUGUAUGACAGAGGGUACACGUCACUGGGGAGUCGGGAAAACACAACGCAGAAUCCGGCACUGAAGUACCUGAGCCCAGGAGGACACCCCGUCUACCGCCCAGCAUACCUGCUGGAGAACGAGGAUGAGGAAAGGAAUUCCCGAAUGUGAUCUCACAAGCUGGGGACAAGACAGGGAAGGGGGCUGGCCUGGGGUAACCUGUCAUGCCAGUAAAGUGUACCUCACACACACA